UACUUCACUGUUUUUGUUCCGUGUAAAUAGCCUACUAAAGGAGCCUCACGCUCAGCUCUGCUAGCUAGCUGGAAGAGCAGCUUUAUAGGGCACGACAUUUUUAAUGUUUGAAGUUUCCUCUUUAAAACAUUUUUUCCCCCAGCUGACACGUAAAUGGACGGUCAACAUCAAGAGAAAGGCAAAACACGACGAGGAGGGCACGGAACCCGAGACGAGGGCAGAGAUGUACGUUUGUCAAAAUCCCUGUCUUAUGCCCUGAGACAUGGUGCCUGUCAAAUGGGGCUUCACAUGAGUUCAGAUGGUUUUAUAUUUGUGGAUGAACUUCUCAGACAUCAACAGUUUAGAUCAUUUUCAUUGGAAGAUUUAGAGAGAGUGGUGACCACAAAUGACAAGCGGCGCUUCAAACUGCAGAACCAUCCUGAGAGUGGACGUCUGCAGAUCCGGGCCAAUCAGGGACAUUCUGUACAGGUUGAAGAUCUGGAGCUGAAAGCAGUAGUGUCUGAUGCUCCAGACUGUCCACGGGAGGCUGUCCAUGGUUCUUACAUGAAGCACUGGGACGCUAUACGCAGCCAGGGUCUGAAUAGAAUGAAGAGAACACACAUACACCUGGCACCAGGGUUGCCUGGAGAAGGCCAAGUUAUUAGUGGUAUGAGAAGGAAUUGUGAUUUAGCUGUGUACAUUGAUGUCCCAAAAGCUCUCUCAGAUGGAAUUCAAUUCUACUGGUCUGAAAAUGGAGUCCUGUUGACACCAGGUGGCGCUGGCGGGCUGUUGUCGCCACGAUAUUUUUCCCGUGCACAGAGACUGAAACCUUCCUUAUGUGAACUCGAACUGCAGUAACAAAUGGUUGUAUCACUAAAAGUUGGAAACACUGAUCUUUGUCAGAACCUAAAAUAUCCCAUGAAUGAUGCUUUACAACAUGGACCUUUAAUGAAGUUCAGUCCAUGUAAAACAUCCUAGACAUCAGAUGGAUACUGUAAGGUAUUAAACUUUGUAUAAACUGUAUGUCAAAGAAGCUUGGUCAUAUUAAGUCGAAUGUUAAAGUGAGCUAGCAGUAUCUAACAGGAGGCAGUUACUGGCUGUGGUCUGGUCAGCAGAAGCCCAGAUGAUGGAGCACAGCGAUAAGGAAGCUUUUCUGUGAUGAUACAAGACACUGCUGUUCAAUGUAACACACAUUGUGGUGAAAAUGAUAGCCAGCUGUUUCCCUAUCUGUCAACUGAAUAAGUACAGCAGCUUCAAUGCCAGUCUACUCUAACAAUAAAAACAGUGCAACGGGAAAUCUUA